AUGGCGGCGUGGGGUUUGCUAAGGAAACAGAGGCGGGCUCCUCUGGAGGAGAGGCGCACAGUUUGCGGCACGGCGGGCUCCAACCCCUGGGACCCUGUUCAGGUCACGGCGGCGGGGCUGAUGCUCUCCCGCGGCCUGUCCUCAGGGGCCCUCUCCCAGGAUACUUUGGACAGAUGUCCAAAACCAGCACCUUGUUUUGUUCGUUUUUCGGAAACAGAACAAAUUGCAAACCUCCAAGCUGAAAUCAGCCAGCUUAAUCUAGAGAUUGAAAUUCUGAAGAUGGAAAAAGAUACAGCAGACAUUACUAACCCAUUCUACCUCACACAGAAAUCCCAGGCUCUGCAAGCAAUGAACAGACACCUGGAAGCUGUACUGAAAGAUAAAAGGGCUCUCAGGCAGAGGCUAGUAAAACCACUAUAUGAAGAAAGCCUUCCUAUUGAAGCGGUCUUCCACAGGUAUGUGGUAGAAGUGUUGGGACUAGCAAUGGCUUUUAUUGAAAAACUAGAAAGCCAUCUAGCCACAGUAAGAAGCAUUCCUGAUUUACCUGUAGCCAUAAAAAACAUGGACAGUGCGCUAGCAAAAAUGGAUUUGCUUGUAGCUGAGACUGAAGACCUUGCAAAUCAAAUACUGGAAUGGAAAGAGAAACAAAAGGAAACCCUGAACAAUUCACAGACCACUGCUGAAUCAGACUCCUGGUUCCGAAGUAUACAAUAAACUAUUUUUAUUAUCCUUUUCUUAUUCCCAUUUUAAUUAAUAUUUUAUUAUUGUUGUAAUAUACAAGAGUAGUGGUAACUGUACAAAUAAUUCAUCAGAACUAAAACAAAUUAAGUGGACUCUGUAAAUAGAAUAAUACAAAUUCCUGAGUUAUGUACGUUUUCCCUCUUUCAUUGCAGUUUCUUCCAGCAUCAGUCAGUAACAGUUAGUGGCAAGACAGCUGGUCUGUUCUGAGUAGAAGGGGUUGGUUCAGAAUUUCAUAUGGCCCUUUGGAGGUCCAAACUGUUUUGUAUCAUGAAUCUUGUGCACAAUAAACAAAUACUAAAGAAAAGAAUUUUGUCUUCCUCUGUAGUUUGAAUUUUUUUAUUUGAUAAGUUAGAUUUUCCACUAAUGCUGUAAACCAAUGUUUUUCAGGAUAUAUGUGAGGGACUGGUACCAUAUACAGGCAGUCUUUGAGUCACAAACAUUUGAUGUACAAAGAUACGUUAGAUAGCCAUAAAAAUCAAUGAUAUAGCAUAACUCAACAUAUACUUCCCACUGUUUUUAAGCUAUGUGUACAUAGGAAAAAUACAGCCAGAGUGAAAUGCUUAUUCCAUUGAUCGAAACUGUUAUUUUAUUUAUGUAUUUAUAUGACAUUUCAACUGAAUUGUUUUAAUAAUUAUGACAUGUUCCAUUUUAAUAUUUGUCUUUUGUAUGUUUUUAAUUGUAUAAUUUUAAACUUGUUAGCUGAUUUGAAUCUCAAUCCCAGGAAAAACACAGGAUACACAGGAAGAAGAGGAAGCCAUGAAAGCUAUUUGUAUCUUUAAAAGCCUGAAAGCUAUAUGAAAAGGCUAACGCUUAACUGAAAACUUAGCUCCCAUUUCACUUCCACAUUCUAUUGUACAGCUACAAGAUUUUGUUUUAACAGAUCUGUAAUAAAAUAACAUAUUACAAUCCAAACAUCUUUUAUCAUUUCACGUCUGUGUAAUGGAAUACCUUAUCACAUUACAAUGCUAAAUUACUAUUAUUCCACUUUAACUGUCAUGGAAACAAUGUAUAGAGUCCUCGAAAGGGCAUUUAGAAUUCUCACCCUGUGGGGCUCUUUGGCCGCACUAAACUACAAAUUCAGCAUUCCACAAAAUGUUGCCAUGAACGUUAAAGUGGAAUAAUAGCACUAUUAUGUGAGGAGACUCAAUUUCAGCCAGCAUUAUAUGGCAAUUUUAAUCUGCUACUCUUUUUCCUACUGUUAUAAUUUAUGAAUGGUGUAAUUUUAUCAUGCUAGCUUUAUAAGCUGUCUUAGACAACUAAACCCAAAGGUGGGGUUAAAGCUAAAAAAACUUGCCAACAGGA